UGGCGGCAGAUACAACGCUCGUAAAUUACCGUCGUUAAAAAUAUUGCAUAGCUGAGAAAUGGGGAUUAAAAAGAAUCAACCUUUUGUAAAUUCGUUCUUAGUAGUUGGUGAGAAAACAAGACAAGCAAUCAAUGGUCUUUGCACUGUUGAGGAAAAAUCUGCUGGCAGCAUCUGGGAUCUACUGUUGGAGUGUCUGGGAUCAUCUGAUGGUUUGGAACAUGUAUCUUUAAUCAAGGAGGUGGAUAAAAAACUGAGAUGUACCAGUGAAGAGGAUUGUUUCCAGACUGAAACUCAUGCAGACAUUUGCCUUCAAGCACUGGCAGAAAUAUAUUGUAACUGUGGAUCCAGCAGAGUGGCAUUGAGAAGAACCCUGAUAAGUCUAAUUCAAGGUUUACCAAGGUCCAUUUUCGAACGUGCUCGAGAGCUGCUGGGGAAACAUCUACUCUGUUGUCUAACAGUGUGCUCCGAAACUAAUAAAUGCUCUCAUGGCUUGGACUUGGUUGUCAGCUGCACGGAGAAUGGAAACAAGAUUGGAGAGCAGUGUUUGGCUGACAACUUAUGUGAUGUUCUGCAGUGGUUAUCGAGUGGCCUGCGAGUGUUCCUGCAGAACAUGGGCUCUGAUGCCACCCCUAUGAUGCAAACAGAGGCAGCCCACUCAUGGCAGGUAUCACUGAAGGUAUCUAUCCACAUCGUCCAGAAACUAUGCCAGGCCAGCGAAGCCCCCACUGUCCAAGGUCAAGAAAGCGGAAGAUCAGGAAACACUAUGCAACCCUCUUAUGUGAUCAGAACUGGUCACAUUUCAGCAGUAAUCGGAGAGAUGCGAGAUACAAUUGUGACAGUUCUGAAUCAGAGUUGUUAUCUACUAGACAGCCACAUCAUGUGUGGAAUGGCGCUGCCAGUGUUUCUAAGGGUCCUCGUCACGGAAGCCUCGUUUCCCACACUUGUCACAGACACACUGCAGAGUUUCUAUAGCGAGAAUUCUGAGGUUGGAGAACCCUCUAAGCAAAACAGCCAGCACACUACCACGGAAGUUUCUGCCAUUGGAAAGCUGUUUCAGGUGUACUCCAAAGUGCCGCAGCUUGCUAUAUGCAAUGGCUUCAUUGCACAGCUGACGUGUGAUGAGCUCAUGCAUCAGCCUCUCCAACAGCAAUGGCUCCUUACUCUUCUGUUCAGCCACAUCAUUCGACUUGACAGUUGUCUGACAGAUUUGAUAGCAAAGACAGCUGUUUCCAGAGCUCUAGUCACCUGGACUCAGAGGGCGGUAGAGUGUACCUCACGACUUGAGUACCAUGAUGAGCUUAGCAGUGUCCUGCGUGGGGGUAAUGCCAUCAGUGAUAGUCUACUUCAAUAUGUGUGGACAAACUGGGAGAGUCCUAUGGACUUGGUGCGCUACAAUGCUCAACUGGUGUUUAGGGGAACAGUGCAGUUGCACUUGGCUUCUGCUGACGAAGAUGCAGAGCAGAGUGUCUUCCUUCUGCAGCUUGCACGGGAUUUGCUAGCCAUGCCAUGGCACAUUCCUGCUAAGUACCGACCACUCGGUUGUGUCGUGGAACACAUCGGAGCAGAGGCGACUCUCACACUGUGCCCUGGGAUCGCAAAUGAGCUGCUCAACUGUGUGGGUGAACUCCAGCUAGCACCCUUUGUGAGUGAACUGCUAGAAACACUGUUCACAAGUCACAAGGAGCAGAUGCAGAUGGAUAAGGAGAAAGAGCGAUGGGAGCAGGCAUGGGUUGUGCCAGUAUUUAAUGUUAUUUGUACUGGCACCAAGAAACAGAGAGCUGCCACUGUAGAGCAUUUGCUUUGUAAGCUGCUGAAAUGUUACCCUCGAUCCUUGCGUGUAAUAAUGGAUCAGCUUGCCAAAGACGAUCAUAGGAAUAAAUCGAAUUAUCUAGCAGCACUCAUUACCUGCCUCAGAGCGUCUAGGAGCAUGGGCUUACUGAAGGUAGAUAGCGAUGCUACAGGUGAUGCAAGCACGUGGAAUGGCAUCAUACAGGUUUCGACGUUGCGGGCAGCACUCUGCCACAGGGAUGCACAUCUGCGCACUGACGCCUUAGCUUUGCUCACCGACAGCCCAAAGACUACCGAGUCAUUCACAGCUACAGACUUCUCACUGAUCAAGUGUUUUUUGACCUACAAUCUUAACAACCAAGCUGCUGCUGUCAGACAGGAGAUAUCUGCUCAUGUGAAAAAGUUGCUUUACAGGAUGGUGGACAGCGGCCGGUGUUUGAAGAGGCAAGUGAGACAGAUGAAAUCAAACGACAGCCAGCGUGCAGCGAAACAACUCGAGCAGUACCGAAGCUUUCUCCAGUGGCUUUGCAACCUUCUCUUUGCGAGCCUUGUGCCAAGUUGUUCUUUCGCACGCAGAAACACUGCACUGCAGAGCCUCUCACUUGUGCAUGCCAUUAUCGGCUUCUUCUCAGGAAACACCCUCCUCCUCCCUCAACCAACGUCUAAUGAAGAGUGCAGUGGCCCUCAGCCUGUUGUUGGUUGCACAGCUAUUCCUACUCGGUCCUAUCCCAACCAGUUUCCUUUGGGAGUUUUGUGUCCAUCUAACAUACAGACACUAUUGCAAUGCAUUUCGGACAGCUACGACGUGAACAAGAGUCUUGUUUUCAACUUACUGGUGGAUUUCAGCGACAGUCUUCUUGGGUUUGAUGAUGAAGCUAGACUGAGGGACUUCUUGGUGGAGGCACUGCAGUUGGCGGGUGGAAACAGACCGUCAGGUACGGUGACAGCUAGCUAUAUUCUACGUCUGCUGGUGUGCCAGCCAAGGUUGUGUGACGUGAUCUAUGGAUUGCAUGCUCCUGCAGCAAUAACAAAAGUGGCAGGUGAGGCAAAGCCUGCAGACUGUGAGGUGCACACUUGCUGCUCAGAUGUGCUCAAAGAGAAGCGCUUCCUUUCAUUGAUUACACUUCUGCUGAAUCGACUGGCAACUCACGUUGAAGUAGCAAGGAAAAGUUUACUCCACGCAGCCAUUAGCCAUCCAAUCUAUGGCAUUAUUCUUUGCAUAAGGCAGGUAUUGGGAGAUGUUAACUUCAAGAAAUUAAAAGAUUUAGAUGUCUGGAGGAAACUCAUCAAAGACCUUAUUGAACAGUGCUUCACCAUAGCUCAGCUCGUAUCUCCUGUCAUCACAAACGACUCUCCAGAAGGCCACCUGCCCAUGGAUAUAGACGAUACAGUGUCACUAAUGCAGCUAGUCACUGACAUGCAAUCUGUCCAUGUGGCAAGCCCAGAAGCUCAGCAGAUGAAUGAUAACCCACAGAGAGAUGGAGGCCCUGCGAGUGACACUGCUAAGACUGGUGGUGUUACUAGCAGUGAAGGGCCACAGACGAUGGUUGUCACUCCGCAAAUGUUGUUGAUCUGCAGCUGGAGAAGCAUGAAGGAGAUCUCUCUCCUCCUCGGUCAGAUUGUACGCAUGCUGCCUGUGGUGGAGAAGCAUGACGCACCCUGUCUGCUGACUGUGCAACAGGUUAAACAAAUUGGGGAUUAUUUCACCAGCCAGUUGAUGGAGUCCCGUCACCGGGGCGCAUUUGAGGUUGCCUACGAAGGAUUUUCUCAACUGUGUAAUAUGCUAUGGAGAUGUCCAGUGGCUGGUCUGCACAGCUUGCCUGAUACCUGGCUAACAGAACUGCUUGCUGAUAUUCAGUCUAACAGUCUUGUAUCAAAACUGUGCUCUACAAGGCGGAGUGCGGGGCUGCCUUUCCUUAUGCAGGCACUGGUCAGUACGGAGCCAGUCGCUACAAGACAUCUGUGCUUCAAGCGCACGAUGACACAGUUGCUGGCCAUGACCCUACCUGCAGGCUACUCAUCAACAAACAGCUCCGAAUACUGGAACACCACGGCGCACGUGCAUUCACUGAACAUUCUGCGAGCGCUGUUCCGUAGCAUGCAGCUGGGAGAGCAGGUGCUUUCCUAUGCCGACGAUGGUCUCAUCGCAGCCUUGCUAGGCGGGCAGUCCAAUAGCUGGAGUGUGAGGAACUCGGCUACCAUGCUCUUCAGCACCUUGAUAACGAGGAUAUUCGGAGUGAAGCGCACGAAGGAUGAGACGUCGCGCAAGAACUGUCUGACUGGUCGUGUGUUCUUUACACGCUUCCCAAAGCUGUACACGUUCCUACAGGAGAAGCUUGGUGAAUGCACAGCAGGCAUAGACAGCUCCGGGAGACUGAACCUACAACCAGCACUCUACCCACUGCUGAUGGUUAUCUCCAGACUGUACCCUUCUCCGCUCCAAGGUAUCGACACAAGUCUGAGCCUAGCAGUUUUCAUCCCACUAGUCAGGCGCUGUGCGUACAGCUCUGUGUUGAAGAUGAGGGAGAUGGCUGCAAGAGCCUUGGUGCCACUCAUCACCGUUGACAUCUGCCAGCCGACGUUCACGGAGCUCCUGGUCACGCUCCCAGCGCAGCCGUACGUGAUGUCACAGAACUUCGUUCAUGGCACCCUGCUGCAACUCAGCUUUCUGGUGCGCCACUCAGCAGAGCAGAGGAUACAUCUGCCAUCGGGAAUCUUCAGCGGACUCCAGCGUGUCUUCUGGCUGGCCACUAGAGCGAAUGCGUGUCUGGUGACACGUACCACUUAUCUCGAAGUUGUGCGAGAUGUUCUCACUUAUGACCUUGUCGCCGAUCACCAGGCUGUUGCGCUCCAUAAACAGGAGCUCAGAGAUGCCACGGAGCAGCUGGUGUUUGUUGAGUUGGAAUCCCACGGCAGCUGCCUGCCGAACACACCCAUGCUGUUGAGCUUUUAUACUACAAUCACUGACCUCUGCUGGAUGCUGGGCGUAAACCAGGCAUCUGCUGCCUCGGAUGCGCUUGGUGUAGGUGGCGUUGCUAUGACAACGCAGCAUCCGGGGUUGAAAAACGAGUUAGACAUAGUUGACCGUCUCCUUGGAUCGCCUUUCUACGAGGUUCGCUUGCACGUAUUGAGGAAACUCAGGGCUGUGGUUGACAGUGGGGAGACAGCAUUGGGAGAAGCUGGUUGCGAGGUGGUGUUCGAGCAUGCCUGUGUUAGAGAGGAGCCGAGCAGUACAUUGAAGGCAACUCUGCUGCACUCGGAUACAGUGAGGAACAGACUAGUGCAGCUGGCUCGGAUGGAAACCAACCAUGCAUGCAUCAUUGAGGUGUAUUAUCUGCUGGCAGUGUUUCCAGUAGAAUCUUCAUUUGCCUGGCUACACGAUGGUUUGCAACUGUCCGUCACCGAGGUAAUGCAUGUAGUGAUGGAGCGAGGGAAAACAGCUCAGCUCGAUGGUGUCCGCUCGGCAUUGCUCUGCUUUACCGCUGUGCUCAUGCCACUGCUGUGUGCUCAGCCACCUAAGUGUGAGCUGUUACAGGAGUGGGUGGAUUGGGUGUGUGACUGCUCACACCCAGAGCAGAGUAUCACCUGCCGCAUGCAAGUCGCCAGACUGCUGGUCAACUGGACGGUGUUGCUAUUGUUGGACCCACACCAUGUAUUAGGGUCACUGUCAUUUAAGUUAUGGCACUGUGCUGCAAUCCUUCUGCAAGACGAUGACGUUUCUGUAAAGAGCACAGCUGCGGAUCUCAUCUACCACCUACCAGCUUUGUCUUCUGCUAACCAUGAGUUGUCACAGAGAGUGCAGCCACAGAAGGCACUAGACAUGCUACUCGAUGUCAUGAUAUUACACUGGUCGGACAGAGACCUACCAGGUUGCAUACACACACUCCUGCAGUGGCUCAAUGCGGAACCAGAACAACAGCAGGAUGACGAGGACCGUGUAUUCGAGAGUAGCGAUGUAAACAUGUACAUGGAGCAUUUUACAUUUAUCGACCUCAUUCUCAACAAGCUGGAGACUGUCAUCACGUUGCCAGCAUCUUCAAUCAUGUCUGACCACAGCACAUCUAGUUCCACCGAGUCCUAUCCAACAGACGCUGUUCACACCAGCAUAUCGUUUGCUUCUCCUGAAGGAGACUCGGUAUCAACUAGUCCAGCAAGAGCGUCGACAUUGUGUUCCUCUCACAGUGAUGCAUCCAUUCAUGUUGCGAAGACUUGUCUAAGACAGGUUUCCACAGAAGAUAUUUGUCUAGUCCUGGGAAAACUGCAGGAGCUCUCCCGGUUGCCUGCGUCUUCGUUCCUGCCCAGCAUGCAUGGGGGAGGCAACCCACGACUGCUGCCUCUAUAUAAAUACAGCCGGGUACUGUUGCUGCUGAUGAAGGCUGGGCUAGUUGAGGGUAGAAACAAUUCUCAAGUUGUGGAGUGCUGUGGCAAACUGUUGACGGUUAUAGCGGGGAUACGUUUCCAGUGCUUUCUGUCGCUGCGCGUAGCAGAGACGCUGCACGAUAUCUUGCAACUGACUCGAUGAUAAGUUUUGCAGGGGCUGCAGUUACUCUGCAUGUCUCGCACUGAAUGUGAACGAUUGAGAAUGCACUCAAGAUCGAGUUAAAAAGUCUUGAUAUGUGCAGACAUUGCAUAUGCUGUGGUGCUAUGUUGGGUAUGUGCUGACAUUAUAUAGACAUGGAUUGCUCCCAUGCAAGAGAGUACUGAUUAUGGAAGCCUGGUAAUCUAGAAUAUUAGUUCUUUCUUACCCAUCAUAGUAUAGUGAAUUUGCCUAUCCUGAUGCUUGGUUUGGCAUCAAGUGAUAGAUUGCUAGUGAGUGGACUCUGCGUAGGCUUAGGAAUAAUGCUGUAUAUGUGUUGACACUAUUAGCUGAAUAAUGAUCUUGGAUAUCCUAUAAAUUUUUAAGAUGAUUGAUGAUGCGUUUGGUUAUAAUUUAAUAUUUAAUUCCAUGUGUUGCUUUGUGCAAGAUAUCAAAAUAUCAAGCUGUCUCCGGGAAAAAUUAUUGCAAUAUCAGAGUUAUAACUAGAAAUGGUUUCGAGAUAUAUUUCUAGUAUUUCUAUUUGUAACAAAACUAUAGAGAAAACAGCCGAACGUAUGAAUAAGUAAAUUUCAUAAUCACUUGCCACUUCUAUGCAGUAGAAGUGGUUAUAUGCUGCUACUGCUGCUUGAGCCGCAUUUGGUAUAGUAGGUCGUAACUAAGAAAUUAAUUAACUAGUCUUAAUAGUCUUGCAUUUAGUUUGUUGUUAUAAAUAACAUCGUGUGUAAACAACUUGCCUAAGGUAUGUCAAAUUAUGCAUGAUGUAGUCAGUUUUUAUCAAAUUAUCAAGUUAUUUCUCUAGAUUUUCCUGUUAUAGAAAUGUCUUAUGGGUGACCAAUUAGGAAAAUGUUUUGGAAACAAUUCCAAUAUUAAAUCCAUAAAACAUUAGGUCCAUAAAAUAAUUAUGAAAAGGAUAAUUGGUUUGUCAAAAGACUGGUAUAUUUGUGUGUUUAAUAGUGUGCUCAUGGUUUUUGGUUUAUUCAUUGGUUUUGAAGUGCAUGGUUGUUAUUGCCUGUGUCCAAGUAUUUAAUCGUCAAGCAAGAGAAUGCCUUACUUUGACACACUUUCUAAUAUGAGCAAUGUGUAUGCGGAGGAUGGAUUGAUACUUGAAUGUAUGAUUGUAUGAUAAGUAAAUAGUGUGGAUUAGGUGCAUAUAUAAAAUGGAUUGGUUUUGGUCUUAUUCUAAUGUGGACAAAU